GCGACAGAGCGGCAAAGCCGCAGCAGCGACACCGUCCAAUUCUAAAUCAUGAUUGAUAGAUAGCGACUUUUUGUCUAUCUUGGUUUUGGAGCUCAUCAAGUGAGAAUCAAUCAAGAUGUCGACCUCGUCUCUCCGUUCGUUUGAAUAUCUCGAGUCGCUGCCCGGUACAGUAUUCAAGCGCCUGUACCGGCAGCCUUCGACUGCACUUGCUAUUUUCCGUCGAAUGCUGCCUCAUUUGGCAAAAAGCUUUGUCAUGGCUCUUCUCUACCACAGUCACCCACUACCGGUUGCAGAUCUCGAACAGUGGGUGCGACCAGAUAGCAGGCGUGAACGAGACCAGGCGCUCUCCCUCCUCGAACGUCUACACAUCCUCUCCAUCGUGUUGAAUCCUAAUUCUCCUCGAGCCUACGCGCUCACCAACCCGUUCAAGCAGUCUCUGCGACUGGCCCUUACCGGUGGCGGUGACCAUCAAUCCUUUGGUGUUCCUUGCGAUACGCCUGAUAAGCACUCUGUCGACGUCGAUUUCCUCGAUGACUUUGCAAGAGCUCAGUGGGAGGGUAUACUGCAUUAUAUGGUGGGCAGUACGGGCAUAGGCAUGCAGGGCGGAGAGGAAGUUAGCCAGGGCGUGAAGAAGCUUUUAGAGCUGGGUGGGCUGGUAGAGAUCAAAGGGAGAAGGGUCGAAAUUACGCAAGCGGGCUUCUCAUUCCUUCUUCAGGAAAUCAACGCGCAAGUUUGGACACUGUUGAUUUUUUAUUUGGAGAAUGCCGAGAGUGUGAGUGACAUGAGACGCUUUCGAACAUUGGACCCUUUUAGAUCCCAAGCUAAUAUCUCGGUGUGUCAGCUAAAUAUGGAUCCUGUGGAUGUUCUCUCUUUUCUCUUCAUGCUGGGAAGCCUUGAGCUUGGGCAAGAUUAUAGUUUGACGACCCUGACUCCCACCCAAGUCAAGAUGCUCGACGAUUUACGCGAUUUUGGCAUUGUUUAUCAGCGCAAAUCAUCCUCGCGCCGCUUCUAUCCGACGCGCUUGGCGACAACGCUCACGUCUGACGCUGGUGCGCUUCGGACCGUCAGCGCAGGCUUCGACAAUGCUCUCCGUGCCGGUGGCGACAGCAAGGGAUUCAUUGUCAUCGAGACCAACUACCGCAUUUACGCAUAUACUUCUUCUCCACUCCAAAUUGCCGUGCUCGCUCUCUUCAGCAGGCUUUCCACUCGAUAUCCCAACAUGGUUGCGGGGAGAAUUAGCCGAGAAUCUAUUCGGCGCGCCAUUCAGACUGGUAUCACAAGUGACCAGAUCAUUAGCUAUCUCGGCACACACGCGCAUCCGCAGAUGCGCAAAAAUGUUCCCGUCCUGCCGCCUACCGUUGUGGAUCAAAUCCGCCUUUGGCAGAUUGAAGGCGAGCGAAUGAAAGCCACAGGCGGGUUCCUAUUCAAAGACUUUGUCACUGCUGAAGAGUAUGACAAUUUGGCCAAUUAUGCUGAUGAGGUUGGUGUUCUUGUUUGGCGAAGUGACAAGAGAAGAAUGUUUUUCGUCACAAGACACGAACAAAUUGCAGCCUAUCUUCGCAACAGACCGAAGAAGCUCACAUAAGGUCAAAAAUCUGAAGCUAAACUCUAUCAUUGCAUUACAUGGCGUACCGGGCGGUGGCAUAAGACUAUAGCCUUGACAACAAAAGAAUUUAUUGGGCAUAUCUGGGGAAUUCCCUAGGGGUGUUUUUCUAUUUCCCCCUCGAUCUUGUUUAAAUACAUCUAGAGAAGCAUUUGAAGCUAAAUAAUGUCGAAAACAACUAGUUCGAUCCUAUCUUGAGCAUCUCAACAAUGAUUUCCGUGCGCCGCAUCAUCGAGCAUGAGGCCUUUUCAUGGUUAUAGAGACAGCAGUGCACCGGGAUUGAAACUGCCCUUCUCCAUUUUUAAACCCUUCUUCAGU